CAACAUGGUCGACAACAAGAGGAGAUCGGGGCUCGGAUGUACAGAAGAAUAAUCCUCUUCCUUCCUUCUUUCUCUGACAAAAAUAAUACCACGGAAAUGCAAUGUUCAAAGUUUCCUAUCUUCAUGCGUUGCGCUGUCGGAAAACGAUGCAGAAAAAACUCCAACGAGAACGGAGUUUUCCGGCCGGGGUGACCCUCAAGGUCAUUUGGAGAACAACGAUGAGUAACAGAAUCAUUAUGAAUAAGGAACAAGGAAAGAUGCACUUCAAAAAGAGACAGGAAAUUCUGCAUUAUAUCAAGCGGAAGUUGGUUUGCAUAAUAAUUUAUGUAAACGACUUAAUCAUGUGAUGCCGGUGACGAUCUUGGCGUAAAAACGUCAAGCUCAUCAAAAAUGGAACCAAAAAGAGCUAUAAAAGCUUAAUGCUUUUCUGUCGAUUUCCUGAUUUUGUUAUGAGAGCGAAGAUGCCACUAAAACUAAUGCUCAAACCUUUCAAAGUUUAUACGACGAAGAACGGAAUAUUCAAACUGAAAAUCCUAACUGUUGUGGUGCUUUUGUAUUUGCAUCUGCCAUUAUCAUUUAGUAAACCUCAAAGCUCACCAACUCAUGAUUGUAAAAAUGAUCAAGUUGCAUUUAGGACUAAUGAAGGCACAAUUAUAUGCUGGGACUUAAGGCAGUGCCCUGUUGAGUAUGGUCUAAAAUUUGAGUUCAUACCUGGAAAGAUAUACAAUUGGGGAACAAUCAACACUGGUUGUGAGGGCUGUCAACCAGGAUUGACAUAUUCUGAUGAAGAAGGCUUCAGCCAAUGUAAGAACUGUACACAGUGCAAAAAGAAUGAGAUUUACUCAGGAAAGUGUAGCCUUGACAAGGAUGACAUCCAUUGCACCGGGAAAUGUGAAGAAGAAUUUUAUUGGUCAAUUGCUACAGCAUCGUGCAUCCCAUGUAGUGAGUGCAGAAAUAUUUCUGGUUGUGAUAAUAGCUGUCCUCCUCAGUUGUCCAGAAAGAACAAUACCUUGACAGCAAAUGGUACUCACAGCACUAGUAAUGCUAAUGGUACUCACGGCAGUAAUGCUAAUGGUACUCAAAGCGAUAAUAUUACUAACAGUACUGUGACCAAUAGCACUAGUCCUACUAAUGGCAAAAUCCCAAGAGAUCAUGAAGACAACGUCAGUCCAAAGGAUGAUGCAAAUACUAAAGGAUCAUUAACGCCUGGGAAUCUUGCACUAAUUGUGAUUUUGUGCUGUCUGUUUCUACUUAUUAUUUUGGUAUGUUUAUAUUGUAAAGUACGUAGUACACAACAAGGAAAUAGACCAAAUCAUCAUGGCAUUCAUUUUAAUGAUAACAUAGCUUCAAAGCAUACAUUUGCUAAACUCCUUGCUUCAUCGGUUGAAACCACUGAAUUAAACUGCUCUGAAAUUGAUGAAGUUGAGGCAUUGGAUUCACUCCAAGGGCCUGUUCCAAUGAACUUGGAUGAAAGUUGUAAUGCAGAAAAUGAAACUGUUUGUCAGGGUGAAAAUGACAACAAUAAAGUUGAAUUGGUGGAUAUUUGCCCACAAGUUGAAGAUAAGCCCCUUGAAGAAGGGCUUCACACAUGUCAGUAUGAAGUUCCAAUGAAUUUGGAUGAAAGUUAUAAUGCAGAAAAUGGAACCGUAUGUCAGGGGGGAGCUAACAAUAAAGUUGAGUUGAAGGAUGUUUGUUCAAAAGUCAAAGAUAUGCUUCGCUGGGAAAGGGAAGAGAUAUGUCAAAAGCUAAACCAAAGGAAUAGUUUCUACUUAGACUAUCGUACAUUGGGAACAGCACUUGGUAUGGAAAACACUGAAGUUGAUCAACUACUCCAUGAAUCUUCACCUACAGAGUGUAUUAUGCAAAAGUACAAGGAAACAGAUUUAGAGCUUUUCCUCCAAGAAGUUAGAGAAAUAGAAAAGAGGUAUAGAGUCCUGUGUAGCUAAGGGGGUGCCAACUGAAAAAUGAUCUAUAAUAAGUAUAGACUUAUGAGUAGUACUGGUUCAUGCUUUGUCAUAAUCAGAAGCAUUUAAGCAUAUAAUUGUAAGAAAAUGGACAAGAUUCGGCUGGUUAAGUUUUGAGGGAUAGUAUUUACCAGUCAUUAUUGCGCGUCAGAAUAUUUGAAUACAAAUUGCAUUUCUGCUAGGUGGCUGAAAGUGAUGUUUUCAACAAGCAUAAUAAUUGUCAUUAUUGUUGCAUUUUACAUAAAAUCCAACUGUGUUUUUAGUGAAAACAUUGGAAUUCAUGACAUAGUGGCCACAUUGGCUUGAAUGGUUUUGAAUACUUUCUUUUUAGUAGUUUUUUGUAUUUAUGUGAGAUGCUGGCGUCUUGCAAUAUUUAAUACAUCAGGUGUGAAAAUUACUAAAAGUUCUUAAUAGAUGUAAGAAAUAUAAGUAGCAGCAUUAAUGGAUGGCAGGACCUUUCAUCAUAUUUAUGUCACACAUCUAUAAUCUAAAUAUUUCUAGCAUAUGAAUUUUCUAACUUAUACAUAAUUUAUAAUUUUCUGUUUUUAUGCACUAUUAAAAUUAUUCCGAUAUUUAUAGAGUGAGGUCAAUGUACCCAUGAAAUAGAUAUUUGACUAAUAAAAGUUAAUACAUGUUAAUACACACUAAUAGUUUUUAAUAGUUUUAAAUCACUUUACACUUAAUUAUGACGUGCCUAAUAUGGAGAGACUAUAGGUUUUUCUCUUUAUUUUUAAUAUAUAACGGUAAAUAGAAAGUGCCAUUUAUUUCACUCCAUGUGCUUCAAAAGGAUGUACACAUUCCUUUUAUAAAAUGAAACUACUAUGUUAGAGUGGUUUUCAUUAACCCGUGAAACAUACUUUAGCGUACAUGUAUUUAUCGCUAUUACACUUUGGCUCUUUUGUUUUUUAUUGUCUCCACGCGACUAUUACGAUCUAUUGCACUCUAAUUAUUACACUUUGUUUCACGGGUUUAUGAAAUAAUUAUAUACAAUUUUUAUUUCAUUGGUACAUUGACCUCACAGUUGUAGUGUACUAUAGUGUAUAAUUUUAGAGUUAUAAUUUAAUAGGAAUUUUAAUAUAUAUUUAAUAAA